GGGCCGGCCCGCCACACCCCCACAGCGGGACAGGGCCGACACACGGCCACAGCGGGACAGGGCCGACACACGGCCACAGCGGGACAGGGCCAGCGCACGGCCACAGCGGGACAGGGCCGACACACGGCCACAGCGGGACCGGCCCGGCGCACGCCCCACAGCGGGGCCGCCGCUGCCCGCCCUGCCCGGCCGCCGGCUCCGCGCCCUCCGCCGAUAUGAAUUACUCUAGGUUCAUCACCACUGUGAGUGCAGCAAGAAAAGCAUCUCCAAUUAGACUGCUGACUGAAUUGAUGCAGAAGUCUCCUCCAUCUCUUAUCUCUCUGGCUGGAGGGGCACCAAAUCCUAAUGUUUUUCCAUUUAAGAGAGCAACUGUUGACAUUGGACAUGGAACACCUAUUGAGAUUGGGGAAGAUCUGAUGAAGAGAGCUCUCCAGUACUCAGCCUCAGCAGGGAUUCCAGAGCUGCUGUCUUGGCUAAAAGAUUUCCAGCGGAACUUACAUGAUCCCCCCACUGCCAAUUACAGUCCUGAGCAAGGACAGAUGGAAGUGUGUGUCACAACUGGCAGCCAGGAAGGCUUGUGUAAAGUGUUUGAAAUGCUCAUUAAUCCUGGAGACAACAUCCUUUUGGAUGCACCCACAUACUCGGGGACACUAGCAGCUCUGAGACCCUUGGGUUGUAAUAUAAUUAAUAUUCCUAGUGACCAACAUGGCAUUAUUCCAAAAGCUUUAAAAGAAAUUCUGUCUGCUUGGAGCCCAGAGGAUGUAAAAAAUUGUAGCAAUCACCUCCCCAAAUUCCUGUACACUAUUCCAAACGGAUGCAACCCAACUGGCAACUCACUGACCACAGAGCGCAAAAAGGAGAUUUACCAGCUUGCAAGAAAAUAUGAUUUUCUCAUAAUAGAAGAUGAUCCUUACUACUUUCUUCAAUUUGAAAAGCCAUGGGCUCCAACUUUCCUCUCAAUGGAUGUGGAUGGCCGAGUUAUCAGGACCGACUCUUUCUCAAAAAUUCUCUCAUCUGGUUUAAGAAUUGGUUUUCUGACGGGUCCCAAGCCUCUCAUCGACAGAGUUGUUCUACACAUUCAGGUGUCAACAAUGCAUACCAGCACUUUCACACAGAUUAUGAUAUCACAGCUGCUUCAGCAGUGGGGACAAAAGGGUUUCUUGGAGCAUAUAGACAGAGUGGUGGACUUCUACAGGAUCCAGCGGGAUGCAAUGCUCACUGCUGCUGACAAGUGGCUAAAAGACUUGGCAGAAUGGUACCCUCCUGCUGCUGGCAUGUUCUUAUGGAUCAAAAUUAAGGGUAUUUCUGAUACACAGCAGCUGAUAAUGGAAAAGGCUUUGAAGAAAGAAGUAUUACUGGUUCCUGGAGGGGCAUUCAAUAUUGAUAGUUCAGAGCCUAGUUCUUAUGUCAGAGCCUCCUUCUCUCUGCCUUCUCCUGCCCAGAUGGAUCUGGCCUUCAAGAGACUGGCUGACCUUAUAAAAGAAUCUUUGUGAAAAAGCUAACUAGAGAUCUUGCAGUAAUAAAAAUCAUCUGCAGAAAAUAUUUAUUAACAUUUGGAUUUCAUCAGAGCAUUUUAUAAGCAAGCACAAUACAGUGGAUCUUUCCCUAGAUCUUUUCAACUAAAAAAAAGACUGAAAAUGAAAGUGAAAAACAAUUUGCCUAUUUUUUUUUUGACAAGACAUUGCAUUACUAAAUGUAUCCAUUUCAGAAACAUUUAAAAUACUCAAAACCAAAAUGUUCUAUUUCCUGUAAAAUCCACAGUUUGUUAGAUUUUAAAUGAUUUUUGUUCUGACUUUUGUUUUCCAUUUGAGUUGGGAAACAGAAAUCAUUUACUUAGAAAAUUGCACUUAAGGUGGUCUUAGCCACUAUUACUUCUCACUAUUAAUAUCAACUGAUACGUUCCUCCAAAAUCUUAGGUUGGAAUUGUCUCGUGGGUCACUUCCAUUCUUGUCCUUCUGUAUGGCAUCUGGUUUUAAUGAUUUCAGGAUAGUAUUUAAUUCUACUGAAGUUUUGUCAGAUAAAGCUGAUGUAACUAUGUUAAAAAAAUUAAAACUGAUCCAACAGAAUGAGGCUAUGAUUACUAAUAAACUGAGGUCCCUUGCAAUUUGCAAAGGUAUUCUCUAAUUUGUAAAAGGUAUUCUGAUUGCUGUAUUUAACUUUAGUCUGUGAAUAAUUACUCUGUACCUGUGGUAGAAAAUCCCUGGUUUGCCAAGGCACGUGGAUGUACUAAAGGAACUGCUCUUGGUUAUUCAGUCAGAUGUGGUUGUGAAUGGAGAGUGAAAGUAGCUGAAGAGGGGACAUGGUGGAAUGGACACUACCCUGACACUGCCAGAUGCAAACAAAAUGAAAAAAUAAAGAAAUGUUGCAGUCUCUUA